GGCUGCUUCAUCCCCUUUGUUGUCUCCUGGGUUCAUCUUCUUCUCUCUCCGUCUAUCUACUUUCUCCCCUCACCAUGAGAGUCCACACCCUCCUGCCGCUGGCCGGGCUGGCCAGCGCCAGUGCGUCCGCCACCAAGGGAUGCAACGUCAUCAAGGGGGCGCUGGAACAGGUCUACCUGCCCAACAGCUCGGUGUACGAGUACGAGGCGCAGAACUUCUGGUCCAACACGGAGCUGAUGUCGCCGGGCUGUGUGUUCCGGCCGCAGACCAGCGCGCAGCUGGCCCGGGGGCUUGAGAAGCUGGUGGCGGCGGAGGCGAAGUUUGCGGUGCGCGGAGGUGGACACAUGGGGAUCCGGGGAUCGAACAAUAUCGACGACGGGGUGUUGAUUGUCAUGUCGAACCUGACGACGCUGGAGUUGUCCGCUGACCAGUCGGUCUUGCAUCUCGGUCCGGGAUUCCGCUGGCAACAAGUCUACGACUUCCUCGAGCCCUACGAGCUGGCCGUGCCCGGGGGUCGUCUCGGCCCCGUCGGGGUGCCCGGUCUCUUGCUGGCCGGCGGCAUCAGUUAUUAUGGCAACCAGGUGGGCUUCGCGUGCGACUCGGUCAUCAACUACGAGGUGGUGCUGGCCAACGGCACCAUCGUCGAGGCCAACGCGACCUCGCACGCGGACCUGUUCUGGGCCCUCAAGGGGGGCAGUAGCAACUUUGGCCUGGUGACGCGCUUCGACAUCGAGACGCUGCCGUCCACCAAGGUGUGGGCGGGGACUUGGACUGUCGCCGAGGAGUAUAUCCCGGAUUUCCUGGCUGCCACCGCCGCUUUUGCCGCCAACAACACCGACCCCAAAACCCACAUCGUGCCUGCGGUGGUGCCCUCCGCCGACUCUGCGGUGGGCUCGGUGAUUCUGUUCUACGACAGCCCCAACGUCAGCUACCCCGAUGCCUUCAAGCCGUUCACCGACAUUCCCGCCGAGGCCAACACGAUGGCCUUUAAGACUGUGGCCGAGAUGGCCCGCGAGAUGGGCGAGGUCGUGACCAGCCACAUCAAUGACAUCUUCGUCGCCGGCACCAUCAAAGCCACCACCUACGACGACCUCCUGCAGGGCGUCAACAUCAUCAACGCCACCUUCGCCGCCCAGCUCCCCAAGCUCUAUGCCCAGAUCCCCACCGCCAACAUCUCCAUCAUCGAGCUCGACUGGCAGCCGAUCGGGGCGCAGUGGAUCGACGCCUCCAACGCCCGCGGCGGCAAUGCCCUGGGCCUCAACGCCUCGGAGAUCUACCUGUGUUACGCCGAGGUGGUCGAGUGGAUCGGCAGCGCGUAUGAUGAGGUGGUGGGCGCGUGGGUGGUCGAGACCACGGAGCUGAUCAACAACGCGACGGAUGCGGUCGGUCUGUAUGAUCCCUUCAACUACAUGGGCGAUGCCGCCUGGUUCCAGGAUAUCUAUGGCGGGUAUGGAGCGGAGAAUGUGGCCAAGUUGCAGGAGAUUGCCAGUGCCUAUGAUCCCGAGGGGGUGUUUCAGACCUUGAUGCCGGGUGGGUAUAAGAUCUUUUAA